AUGCGACUGUCUAGCUUCUCUUUAUGGUUUUUGGCUUUCAUCAUAGGUUCUGUUUCGGCCCGGUUUUCUGAUUUCGAGUCUUUUAAAAAUACAUUCAACCUUCAGGAACAUUUAGGCAGUCUUAGCAUUUAUCAUGAACCACAUUUCACUGGAUUGAGCUCUGCAUUUCCGGAAUCUUGUGAAAUUCGUCAAGUCCAUGUUUUGCAGCGCCAUGGUUCACGAAACCCUGCUAGCGACGACGGUGGUUCCAGUGCCAAAUCUCUUGUUCAAAUGCAAGAAAAGCUUACCAAUGGAUCGCUUCCAAUUAAUUAUACAAAGCCUGAUAACCCCUUUCAGUUUAUCAAGUCCUGGGUUCCAGUCAUUGAACUUCGUAAUGCCGAUAAGCUUUCCAGUAGUGGCCGUGUGGAAUUGUUUAAAUUGGGCCGUGAAGUCUUUACUCGGUAUAACAUGCUGUUUGAUGCCGAUGUUUAUGAAAUAAAUACAGCGGCUCAAGGUCGUGUCGUCGAGUCUGCAGAAUGGUACAGUUACGGCAUGUUUGGAAAUGAAAUUGCUAACAAGACAAAAUUCGUCUACCUUGCUGAGGAUGAGACUCCUGGUGCUAAUUCUCUUUCCAACUAUAAUUCUUGUCCUGUGUACUCUGACAACAACAUCGACUACAAGCAGGUAGAAGAGGCUCAUUCCAUAUGGGAAAACAUUUUCUUAGUUCCUAUCAGAAACCGUCUUAACCCUUACUUUUCAAACUAUAAUCUCACAAAUGAUGACGUUAGGAGCUUUUUCUACUUGUGUGCUUACGAGCUCACUUUAAAGGAUGAAAGUGGCUUUUGUUCUCUUUUCACUCCUUCUGAAAUCAUCAAUUUUGAAUACGAUUACGACUUGGAAUUUUCCCUUUGGGGCGGUCCGUCUUCUAAAUGGGCUAAUGUUUUGGGUGGUCCUUAUAUCCAUAACUUGGCCAAAUCUCUUCGUUCCGUUUAUAAUGAAAGCAAUUACCAAAAAACUUUUUUUGCUUUCACCCACGAUGGCCAAAUCCUUCCUAUUGAAGCUGCUCUUGGUUUCUUCCCAGAUAUCACUCCCGAGCACCCUCUCCCUUUAACUUACAAUCCUUAUACUUAUUCUCUGAAAACUUCGUCAUUCGUUCCUUUUGCUGGAAACUUGAUCACCGAGCUUUUUCAAUGCCAAGAUCAGAAGUAUUAUGUACGACACCUGGUUAACCAACAAGUCUUCCCUUUGACCGACUGUGGUUAUGGCCCUUCUAAUUCUUCAGAUGGUAUGUGUGAGCUUUCUGCGUAUCUUAAUUCUCCCGUUCGUUCUAAUUCUACUUACAAUGGUACCGACACCUUUAAUGCUGCUUGCCAAGCAAACCCUACUAAUGUCACAAUUGUGAAUUUACUUUCUGGUAAAUGA